CUUCAUCCAUACAAGCAAUAGAUGAUAAGAAAAUUAUUGAAGGUGAUAAUGUGACUCUUAUUUGUAACGUAUCGGGAAUGCCUACACCAAUGGUGUCCUGGAUGACACCUGAUAGUCAACGUGUUAGUGGAUACAGGUUAGAGGUUACAAACAUUGACAGGAGUCAAGCUGGUGAAUAUACAUGUGAAGUCAGUAAUGAGUGUGGCAAUGCAACAGAGACGGCAACCAUUGAUGUGCAGUACAAACCUGAGAAUGUCCAGUUGACGAGUUCUGUCGUGGAUAACAAAGCAUGUAAGGGAGAAGUCAUCAGCUUUAACUGCUCAGCUAAUGCUAAUCCAGGAGUGACGUCAUACCAGCUGUUUGAGAACGAAAGCGCUAUUUUAAACACAAGUACCUUGGGGAUGUGGGGUAAACAUUUGGAAAAUAAAGGGGUUUUUGUCUUCAAAUGUGUGGCCAAAAGCUCUCUAGGAUCAGCAUACAGUACGAGUGUUACUGUCGCCGUGAAUGUGCCUUCAUCCUUACAAGUGAUAGAUGAUAAGAGAGUCAUUGAAGGUGACAAUGUGACCCUGUUGUGUCGUGUAUCUGGAAUGCCUUCCCCAAUGGUGUCUUGGAUGACACCUAAUGGUCAGCGUCACAGUGGUUACAUGUUGGAAGUUAAAAGCAUUAACAGAAGUCAAGCUGGUGAAUACAAAUGUGAGGCCAUCAAUGAAUGUGGAAAUGCAACAAAGACAGCAAGCAUUCUCGUCCAAUUCAAGUUGCCCGACAAACCUGAGAAUGUCCAGUUAAUGAGUUCUGCCAUGGACGACAAAGCAUGUACGGGAGAAGUAUCAGCUGAUGCUAAUCCAGGCGUUGCGUCAUACCAGCUGUUUGAGAACGAAACUGCCAUUUUAAAUACAAGUGUCUCGGGGAUGUGGAGCAAGACUUUGGAAACACAUUAACAGGACUCAAGAUGGCAAAUACAAAUGUGAAGCCAGUAAUGAGUGUGGCAAUGCAACAAAAAUGGCAACUAUUAAUGUGCAGUACAAACCUGAGAAUGUCCAGUUAAUGAGUUCUGCCAUGAACAACAAAGCAUGUAAGGGAAAAGUCAUCAGCUUUAAUUGCUCAGCUAAUGCUAAUCCAGGAGUGACGUCAUACCAGCUGUUUGAGAACGAAACUGCUAUUUUAAACACAAGUGCCUCGGGGAUGUGGAACAAGACUUUGGAGAGUGAAGGAGUGUUUGUCUACAAAUGUGUGGCUAACAACUCUCUGGGAUCAGAAUUUAGCAUGAGUGUUACUGUCACUGUAAAUGACUUUGGAGAGUGAAGGGGUUUUUGUUUACAAAUGUGUGGCCAAUAACUCUGUAGGAUCAGAAUACAGCAUGGGUGUUACUGUCACCGUGAAUGUUCCUUCUUCAAUUGUCCAAAUAACACAAGAUCAGAAUGUAACUGAAGGUCACAAUGUGACUCUUAUGUGUAAUGUAUCUGGAAUUCCUCUACCAAUGGUGUCUUGGAUGACGCCUGAUAGUCAGCAUGUUAGUGGAUACAAGUUGGAGGUUACAAAUAUUAACAGGACUCAAGCGGGUGAAUACAAAUGUGAAGCCAGUAAUGAAUGUGGCAAUGCAGCAGAGACAGCAAACAUUAUUUUGCUGCACAAACCAGAGAAUGUGCAAUUGAAAACAUCUGUCAUGGAUAACAAAGCAUGUAAGGGUGAUAUGAUUGGCUUUAACUGCUCAGCUUAUGCCCGUCCAUCAGUGACGUCAUACCAGCUGUUUGAGAAUGACACUGCUAUCUUAGACGCAGACCCUUCAGGAAUGUGGAAAAGGAACGUGUUAAAUGGAGGAGUGUUCACGUAUAAAUGUAUGGCGAACAACUCUUUAGGAACAGAAGUCAGUCCAUUUGUUAUGGUCACGCGUCAUAAUGGAGAUAUGUUGGAGGUUACACAAAUUAACAGAACUGAAGCUGGUGAAUACAAAUGUGAAGCCAGUAAUGAGUGUGGCAAUGCAAUAGAGACGGCAACUGUUGAUGUGCAGU